AUGUCGUCCUCACAAUCGAGAGGCGGCGGCGAACGCAUGAUUCACCAGGACUACAUUGCCAGGAUACGAUACUCCAAUGCACUUCCUCCACCACCAAACCCCCCGAAGCUGCUCGACAUCCCCAACACGGGGCUUGCGAGCGGCCAAUACACAGCGCCUAGCUUCGCUUCUCGUUUGGCGCGAGAGCAACCCCUGAAUAUUGAAGCCGAUGCCGAGCUCGGGAUGCCCUUGGAUCUUGUCGGGAUGCCGGGACCAUCCAAGCUCCCGCUCAAGCGCCGCCCCCUCAUCCCCGUGACCAGCCCCUUCUUCGCGGCAUCUCACAGCUCGGAAAGCCCAAGAUUGGCGACACAGCCGUUUCCUUCCUCAGGCGCACCGAAGUACAUCUCCUCGGUGCAGGCGAAGCCAAAGGGAACCGACAAUGUGUUCCUCAAAGCCUCGUCUGGCAAUGCCCAAAAACGCCCCCUGAAGCGCAAGGCCUCGCCUGAGCCAGACAAGGGCACGCCCGCCUGGAUUAAGCGGCGCGUUGAGAAGAGCUUCCAGGUCGCAACCGCCAACCUCGCCGAGCAGGACGCGCCUUUCCCCGACUCGGGCGCAUACGUGACCGUCAAGUUCAGCAGCAACCCAGUCAACUCGACCGACUCGUACGAUACGCGCCUGCUGUCGGGUAUCUUCAAGCCCAUCGAGCGUACCGCCGCCGAGGAGCAGAUCUACGAAAACGCCCGGGCCGCCUGGGAGGCCGACCCGACCCAGCCCAAGCCAUCCCAAAUGAUGAACUACGACCUCUUCCUCCCGGCCGACACCCUCACAGGCGAACACUUCCGCACCAAGUUCGAUGUAGACAACCCAGACCGCGAGAGCCGGUCCCUCUACACCAGCAGCGAAGCCGGCGGCAGCUUCCGCUUCCCGCGAGUGCGCGCGUACGAGACGGCGCAGGAAAAAGAGAUGGACCACGACAACAAGUACGACGAGGAACGCACCACCAUCCGCAACCAGCGCACCAAGAACAUCGCCCGCACCAUCGGCAUCACCGACGAGGAAGAGACCCACCUCGACGAGCUGCACGUGCGCAUCGACGAGCCCGGCGACGACCUCAAGGCCGAGCUGCUGCGCUACAAGAGGCAGCCCGUUGGUGAUCUGCCCGAGGAAGAGGAGGAGGAGGAGGACGGGGAUGCGGACGAGUACGCCGAGAGGGAGAGGGAGGACGGUCGGGCGCGGGAGGAGGCGAGCGAUCGCGACUCGGCCAGCCCUCCGGCGGCGAACGGGGGGAGGCGGCAGUCCGAUGAGGAGGAUGCAGAGGGGGAGGAGGAAUGA